UUCAUUUCCCCCUCAUGUGGGUCACACUGUGCAACAGUUCACUGAAUGCCCGUUCAAGGCGGGCAGGCGGGGUGUGUGCCGUCGACGGAUUAGGUUGAAAACACUGGCAAGUCGUUUGCUUGAACCUCGAUAUACAUAGCCUAGCCCAGACGGUGUAAGUGGUUUUAGGGGGCAAGUGCCAACCAACUUCCACUUCGCGAAUACACGACACAGCACGCCUCCGUUCUUUUUCUCGAUCUUUUCAAAAAGCUCAGGCUGCCAAUCGAGCGGGUCAGUCAGUAUCCUUUCUUAAAACGCGGUAGGCCGAGCCGCGGCAUCAUUCUUUUGCUUGGCCAUUUCGUCCUGCACCUUAGGGUUAUCUCGGGCGUCGCGUAGCGGGACACCGUAAGGUUGCACCCCAGCACAGACGAGCCUCUGUCCAAGUCGCACAGUUCGGGCGACCAUUGUUUAGGUUGUCCUGGGAGUAAAUAUGGCGUCGACCGCAAGUUCUGACCACUCGCCCACUCGACAUCUCUCAAGCCCAACCAUCGACGUCAAUGUCCAGGAGCCGUCAAACAUGACUACUCCCGGGCGAGUCGAGACCAACGAGAAGGUCGAAUACGAUCCCACCCAUCUUGCGCCGGAUCAAGCCCCCCUGGACCCCCUGGACUCCCGCGAGGCCGCGCAUCGAUUAACAGACGACCUGGAAAUCCUGCGGGCGGAGCGCCUAGUCUCGAACCAGGAACAUGAGAAUGAGAUCCGCAGAUCAAGGUCCAGAAACCGCAGCCAACAUGGCCAGGAGGAGGAUACUUUUAACACGACAAGUCCUCCCGCCCCUCCCGUUCCUCAGACGCCCCAGAAGUCGACCGUCUUGAUCCGAUUCCUGGGACGGGUCAAGAAGUUCCCGCGCUUCAUCCGCUACUUCACUUAUCUCACACCCGUCGCCAUCAUCCUUCUGAUUCCCAUCCUGCUCGACAUCUAUGCCUAUGACUACCAUAGCAAGCCCGUCGGUGGUCGCAACGGCGUGCAGCUGCUGUGGUUCGGGAUCUGGCUGGAGGUUGUAUGGCUGACCCUAUGGGGUGCUCGACUCCUGACGGGCCUGAUGCCGUCCCUCUUCGGCUUUUUGGCUAGCAACAGCGGAUCCAGCAAUCACAACAAGUGGAAGGAGAUCGGACAUCAACUCGAGAUACACACUUCCCUUUUUGUGUGGUUGCUGGUCGUCCUAUCUUCGUUCCUGCCCAUUGUCAACCACCACCGUGUACUCAGCGAUGACGCCGAUCCCAAGCAUCUGCCACAUGUCCGCUGGAUCAGCAUAGUCAAUAAGGUGAUUAUCUCCUUGUUCGUCUUGGCGGCGCUCAACUUCGCCGAGAAGAUCCUCAUCCAGUGGAUCGCCACUUCGUUCCAUCUUCGGACCUACUCCCACCGGAUCGCGCAGAACAGGAUGGAGGCCAAUUAUCUGGUCCAGCUGUACACCUACGCAACGAUGAAGCUCGAGGCUCAGGACCCCGUGUGGGAUUCGAGCGGGAACGCCCUCUCUUCUGGCAUGAGAACGCCGAUGCGGCUGGUCCAGGAUAACGCCCGCCAUGCCUGGAGCAAGGUGGGCGAUGUCGCCAACCGAAUGGCCGGCGACUUUACGGGACGCAAGAUCCUCAGGGGGAAUCACCCACAGAAGGUGGUCAUGGAGCUGCUCCGCACUACCGCGUCGAGCCACACCCUGGCCCGCGUCUUCUACCGCACAUUUGUCCGCCCCGAACACGACACCAUUACCCUCGAGGACCUGCAGCCCGCCUUCGCCGCGCAGGAGGACGCCGAGACCUGUUUCGCCGUCUUCGACAAGGAUCUCAACGGCGACAUCUCCAUGGAGGAGUUAGAACUAGUAUGCAACGAGAUACACCUCGAGAAGAAGGCCAUCGCUGCCUCGUUGAAGGACCUUGAUUCUGUCGUGAAGAAGUUGGACAGGGUCUUCCUAUUCAUUAUCUUCAUCAUCAGCGCCAUCGUGUUUGCCAGCAUCAUCUCGGACUCGGCAGCUGCUGCGUUAACUUCGACCGGCACGGUGGUUUUGGGCCUCGCCUGGGUACUACAGGCAACAGCGCAGGAGUUCCUCCAGUCCAUCAUCUUCGUCUUCGUCAAGCAUCCGUUCGACGUUGGCGAUCGAGUCACCGUCUACGGCAACACGGGCAACAUGAUGAGGGGAGACGACUACUACGUCCAGGAGAUCUCGCUACUCUACACCGAGUUCAAGAAGAUGGAGGGCCACACCGUGCAGGCCCCGAACUCGGUCCUCAACUCUCUCUUCAUCCUGAACCAGCGGCGCAGCAACGGGCUUGCCGACCCAGUCGAGCUCAAGCUACGCUUCGGGACGUCGGAGGAGACAAUAGAGGAGCUGAAGGCGCGCAUGCUAGCUUUCGUGACGGAGAAUAAGCGCGACUACGCGCCACGAAUCAUCACCGAGGUGCGGACCAUAGACGAGGUCUAUAGCAUGACCAUGAACUUCAUCUUCUUCCACAAGAGCAGCUUCCAGAACGAACUGCUGCGGCUGCAGAGACACAACAAAUUCGCCGUCGAGCUGAUGCGCCAGAUCCGUGACCUAGGCAUCGAGGGCCCCAGGGCCCAGCAGCCGGGCGGCGUGCGCGACUGGCCCAUCUACCACCAGGUCGUGCAGCCCCCGUCGUACGAGACGACGGAGCGAGGAGGGGGAGACUUCACCCCGCACACCCCCAACGUCCCGCGACUCAACAGCCCCGCCGCCCUGCGCCGGAGGGCAGACAGCCGGGCGGCGGCAGUCAACGCAGUCCACGACUUUGGAGACGUGUACGACAACCGCCGGCCCGAUAAUACCAUGACGAGGCUGGCGUCUAUCCGGCAGGCGCCGGACCAUGUGGUGGGGAGCAGCGCGCUGGACAGGGUCCAGAGCAGGGCCAGCGGGGCGGGGAGCGAGAGCACCCGGAGGAGGAAUAUGUGGGAGCGCUCUAGGAGCAGGUCUAAUGCGAUAUUCCAGGGGCCGGGGCCGGGGCCGACGGCAAGCAAUAUGGUGUAGUGGACCACUGCUCGCCGGGGGUGAGUCGAGUCGAUGAAGCGGUCAUGAUGCCAUGAUAAUGAUCAUAAUGUGUUGAGCGAGGUGAUAGAUGUUAGAAUACAUUGAGAACAAGACUGCCAAGAGAAAGCGUAUAGAUCAAGAGCAGCAUGGUUGAAUACCUAUAUUAUUAAUCUACCCCUGGUCGCUGAGGCGAACAAUAUUAUCAUCCAACGAAAUAUACGUAAGGACUGAGGACAUGGCAUAACUUCACAG